CAGCCGCCGCCUCAGUCACAACGUGAGGAGCCGACAUCACCGCCUCCUCCGCUGCGCGGAGUGUUUGAACAGACCGGAAGUGCACCGACCGACUUCCGGCGGUUGGAAUUCCGACAGCAGGAAGUGUCAGGGAUGGCGACCAAGCGUCUGGCGCGGCAGCUUGGAUUAAUUAGGAGAAAGUCAUUUACACCAGCAAAUGAAAAUCUGGGGAGAAGCAAAUCCAAGCAAUUAUAUGACUACAUAAUUGUCAUUGAUUUUGAGUCCACAUGCUGGAAUGAUGGGAAGCACCACAAUAGCCAGGAAAUAAUUGAAUUUCCAGCAGUAUUGCUGAAUACAUCAACUGGAGAAAUUGAAUCUGAAUUCCAUACUUAUGUUCAGCCUCAAGAACAUCCAGUUCUUUCUGAAUUUUGCAUUGAAUUGACAGGCAUAAAGCAGGCUCAGGUUGAUGAAGGAGUCCCUCUGAAGAUUUGCUUGUCUCAGUUCUGUAAAUGGAUUCAUAAGAUUCAGCAACAGAAGAAAAUAUUUUUUACUACUGGAAUUUCAGAACCAUCUACUUGCGAAGUAAAAUUAUGUGCAUUUGUCACUUGGUCAGACUGGGACUUGGGUGUUUGCCUGGAGUAUGAAUGUAAAAGAAAACAGCUGUUAAAACCAGUGUUCUUAAAUUCUUGGAUUGAUCUCAGAGCAACUUACAAGCUUUUCUACAGAAGAAAACCAAAAGGACUAAGUGGUGCCUUGCAGGAAGUAGGAAUAGAAUUCUCAGGAAGAGAACAUUCUGGGUUGGAUGAUUCUCGGAAUACUGCUCUUCUUGCUUGGAAAAUGAUCAAGGAUGGUUGCCUAAUGAAAAUUACAAAGUCUUUGAACAAGGUUCCCAAGAAGAAUCCCAACAUUUUGGCCAGAAAUCUGAAUAUAAAUCAAGCUGAGGAAACAUCUGCCUGCACCUUUAGCAUCGAGAGUGUCAAAACAUAUGAUAGGGAGUCUAAAAAUUCAGUAAGUGCUGAGGAAAAAGUUCAAGUGAAUUCUGUUUGUAUGAAUUCCCUCAUAAAGGUACAGCAGCAUCAGUUACUACCAGAGAGCAAUAUAAAAGCUGAUCUUCACAGUAUGAAAAGUUGCUCAUCUGUUUUUAAUACUAAGCCCUCUACUCCAGAACAGUUUCAAUCUCACAGCAUGAAUUCACCUAUCUAUGUGCAGAAAAAAAGAAAAAAUGAACAUCUUGCAUUUAAUACCAAAUCUAAGUCUUCACCAUCUGGUUCAGAAUUAGUACUUGUUUCUACCACCAUUCCAUCUGUUAAUCAUGUUUCUGAUAUGGAAAUGAGUUCUACAGUUGACUGUUUACCUAUGUUGGAUGAUUGGGAAGAUAUGGUUUUACUCCCAGCAUCUCAGCCUGAGCAAAAUACAGAUCGUAUACCUCCAAUUAGUGGCACAGAUUUAGAUAUUUCAUUUAAUUCUGGAGAAAGAUGGAUGAGUUUAAAAGAAUCGAAAAUGCCAAGUACUGAAAACCUUGAGGGCAUCAAGGAAACUCCUCAAAAAAAUGAAACUUGUAAGUCUUUUGUAUACAAGAGCCCUCACACUACUGUUUAUAAUGUAAAACAAGCCAAAGAUCCAGGUUUAAAUGCUUCUACCUUUAAAUUACCUGACUGCAAAUCACAUACCUUCAAUAGUGUUAAUGCCAAUGCAUCUCAUUAUUCAGCUUUGGGGAAACAGCCCCUUUUAGGUGGCACUAAAAGGAAUUCAUCUAAUCUUCCAGCUUUUCCACCAGCAAAAAAACAGACAUUCAUUAUUUAUGAAGAGAAACCUACAUCACUUGAUUGCUCCUUAAUAAGUUCUUCCUACAAGGUUUCCCCCUCUAUAUUAACAACUACAGUUAAUCUACAAGAGCCUUGGAAGAGUGGAAAAAUGACACCUCCCUUAUGCAAGUGUGGCCGAAGAUCUAAGAGACUUGUUGUUUCUAAUAAUGGACCAAACCAUGGAAAAGUCUUCUAUUGUUGCCCUAUUGGGAAAUACCAAGAAAACAGAAAACCUUGUGAUUAUUUUAAGUGGGAACAAACAUUUCAAAAGGAAAAAAUCAAUAGCAUAGUUCUGUCUCACUCCACAGGGGGAGUUGCUUUUAGUUCUCCAAAAACAAGCCAUAUUCAUGACAAAAAUUUAAGGUUUUCUACUAAAUAUUCUUUAAGACUCAGACCUUCCAUGAGGAAUUGAUAAACUAUCUUUACAUCUAAAAUAUGCUUUUAUUUUCAGUACUGAGGAUUGAACCCAGGGUCUUCACAAUGAGCCUCAUCCGCAGCCAUUUUUGGGCUUUGGGUUUUGGGUUUUGGUUUGUUUGUUUGUUUGUUUUGUUUUGUUGUCAGAGUCUCUUUAAGUCACUUGAGUUUUCCAGGUUGUCCUCAAACUUGUGAUGCUUUUAUCUCAGUCCCCCAGAAUGCUGGCAUUAUAGGCUUGUGCCACCAUUUCUGGCAUGAGUAUAACUUCUAGUGCAGGAAAGAUUUAAGAAAAAAAUACUAUAGGGCUAGAAGUUAUGGAGACUUAGCGUAUCUCAGCUCUGUAGGCUCCAUGGGAGAAUUACAUACACAUAAACACACACACACACACCAAAGAGAAAAAAGAAAUUUCAUAACAUUUUACUUUCAUUUACCAGUAAAUUUCAUAACAUUUUACUUUCAUUUACCAGUUAUCUAACAUUCAUCUUCUGUUUGUUCAUGUAUAAAUCCUAAUUGCUCCUUAAAUUCUCAAAUAUUAAUAUUGCGAUAUCUUGUGCAAUUUUUUUGUAUUUCAUAUAUUAAUGCAAACUAAUUUAUGAAUUUCUUUUCUUUUUUUUUUUUUUUGGUCUUUUUCCUUUUUUAUUGGUACCGGGGAUCGAACUCAUGACUGCCUGCUUGCAAGGCAGGCGCUUAUGCCACUGAGCUAAAUCCCCAGCCCCCACUAAUUUAUGAUUUAUAUUCUCUGUUGCUCUUGUGCUUGCUCGUGCUCUGUAUUUGUCACUUUUGUUCUCCCUUUUCAGGGAUGGAACACAGAUCUUCACACAUGGUAGGCAAGUGCUGGCUGGUGCUCUACCACUGAACUACAUCUCCAGCCUAACAUACAUACUUGAAGAACCACAAAUAAAAUAUUUUGAUACUGAAUUGGGUUAAAUACAAUAAGAAACAAUAGUACAUGAUACCUAUCUUUCAUAGUUAGACCUUGAAACAAAUUUUAAACUAUCCUUAAAAUAUUUGAAUAAAAAUAUGCUAAUGAAAAUACUUAGUGUAGGCCCUGUGUGGUUGAGAUUAAAGGUUGCACACACCUUUAAUCUCAGCAACUAUGAGGCUGAGGCAGGAGGAUCACCAUGAGUUUGAGGCCACUCUGAGCUAGACAGUAAAUUCAAGGCCAAUUUAAACCAUACAGUGAGACCUUGUAUCCAAAAACAAAGACACAAACAAAGAAACCUACUCUGUUUUCAGUUAGAUACUUUGAGAAUUACGAUAAUGUGAUUUUUUUCCCCCAGAACAACUAGCUGCAUAUGGUGGCACAUGUCUGUAAUCCCAGCCUUUGGGAGGCUGCUAUUGCUGUGAAUUGGAGGCUAGUCUAGCUAUAUAGUAAGUUCAAGGCCAGCUGGAAAUGUAUAGCAAAUCUUGUCUCAAAAAACCAAAAAAUAAAUAUUUACUUGUUUAGUUUUAAGUAUUGAAGGUUGAUUCUAAUUUGUAUAUCAAUAUAUUGAAAUUACUCAACAAAAGUUUGAAAACCAAUAGAAUAGAGAUUUGGUUCAGAAACUGCUUCUGUGCUAUAUAUUCAACAAUUUCUCGGUAACUGAUGGGAUUCUCUUACAUUACCUAUUCAUAGGAAUACUUACUGAAUCUUGCAGAAUGAUUUACUGAACAUUUUAUUUCAAAAUUCAGCCUCUGAUGUCAUAACCAUAAAAUGUCUUUAUUCAACAGUUUGUAAGCAUACUACCAUAUAUUUUUACCACCUCUUCAUAAUCUUAUGCUUUAUAUAGAUUUAUAGUGUCAUAUUUGUUUUUUAGAUACUAUAAUAAUUAAUGGAAUGAAUUUAAUUUUUUUUCCAUUCUUUUUCCCUCAGUUUAUUUCUUUUUAUCUUCCCACUGAUAGUCUUUGGCAGCUCUUCAAUAAAUUCUACCUGUUGGUGUCAAGAGAGAAAAAAAUUAGUCCAGAAGCUUUUAUCUUUAGAUAAAACCGAUUAUAUAGUUUUAUUAUGAAUUCUAUGUGAAAGAAAGGGCACCCAUUGAGGUUGUUUUUGAUAAAACAUGAAGAAAGGGCUAUCGUUGAUUUUUUUUGUUUGUUUUUUUGUUUUUGUGGUGCUAGGGAUUGAAUCAAGGCCUUUGCACUGAACUAAAUCCCUAUCCAUAUUUCAUUUUGAGACAGGCUCUUAAUAAGUUACCCGGGCUGGGCACAAACCUAUGAUCCUCUAGCUUCUCCCUCUCAAAAUUCAUAGAUAACAGAUGUGCCUCUUGCCCAUCUGAUUUUUCUUGGUAUUUAGUAUUUACUACAAGUCCAAUGAACCAAAUGAUUGAAUAAGUUAGAGUAAGAAUAUUACUGUAAUCUCAACAAUUCUGAUUCUUACCUAUAUGUUGUUAGUUCCAUUUGGAAUAUUUUGUGUAGCAUCUUUGAAGAGAAUGUUCAGUGUAAAGGGGAAAAAACAUUACAUUUUUUAGAAUACUGAAUGAAUAUUUACCAUAAUUGGGAUGCCUACCUUUCUGGGGUAUUUGUAAGGUGCUGUAGUUUUUUUUACAUGCUCUUGAAUCUCCUUUAUCAGUUGCUCUUCAUCAUGUGACUUGUAAUCAGGGUUCAGAACAAUAAAAGCUUUUACUACCUAAAAUAAAUGUAUGAAACGUCAGGAAAAA